AUUGGAAUUGGGUUUUGUACACAAGCAGCAAGCCUAAAUAAUAUGCCAGGCUGGGAAGAUGGUUCGUGGGGUUAUCAUGGUGAUGAUGGAAAAAAGUUUUACGGUAUUAUGGACGAACCGUAUGGACCAAAAUUUAUGACUGGUGAUAUUAUUGGAUGUUGUAUAAAUUUUAGAAAUAGUACGGUAUUUUAUACAAGAAACGGAAUGAAUCUAGGUAUUGCAUUCCGAGAUUUAAAAAAGGCUUUGUAUCCUUGUGUUGGAAUGUUGUCACCAGGCGGAUCUAUAGGAGCAAACUUUGGCUAUAGAAAGUUCAAAUACAUGAUAAUGAAUGAUGAUGAUAUUGAUGAAUCUUUAAAAGAGAAUUGGGCUGAAUUACUUGAUCCAUACAAUUAUAAAUUAAUAAGUCAACAGAUUUUUAAAUUUUCGGAUUUAAAACUAUCAUCAGAAACUGAACAAAAUGUUAAUAUAAUACUAAAAUAUCGAGUAAAAUUUUAUUUUCUUAUAGGCGAAUAUGAGAAAUCAUUUGCAGAUAUGGUGAUAUUACUAAGAAAUGAGACACAUAAUACAUUUGUGUCAAAAUAUUUUAAAGAAAUAAGAUUAAUUGCAAAUUUAGACGAAUUUCCAGAAGAGACAGUAAAUGUAUUAUAUAUAUUAAAUGCCUGUGAAGAAGUUACUAA